AUGUGGGGUCGAUACCUCAUAGCCGGAACUCGGCGUAUCACCCAGCCUUCUACGGACCGAGCUUUCAGCCACCGCGCCACAAUCACGAUCGCCCACGUUGACCACGACAAGUUCAACGGUGGUAAUUCCUGUUACUGUUUUGCAUGCAUAUAUUGGUUACAUAGCUAUUCGGCAACCUGCAGCAUCUGA